ACCGCUGAGCCAGCGUUCAGUCUCAUCAGCUAAUGGCAGAUUUCACGGGCGUCGCGGAGCAGCUUAAACGGCAGGGGUUCGCUUGACUGGAGCGUCUGUGUCUUUCGGAGCAUCUCUUCCGUGGAAGCUGCAGAACCGGAUCUGAGACCAGAUCGGCCGAGCAACAUGCGCCUGUUGCUGCCGCUGGUGUCUGCGCUGGCGCUGCUGAAGCAGGUCAAAGGCGGCGGAGCGGACGACGGCACACUUGACCAGCGGGGUCACGCGGGACGUGGGAACCGGAUCCAGAACCAGAGCGAACAAGCGGUGCCGGACCCCGCUGCAGGUUCUGCUUUUAACUUGCAUGUAACAGUCAGCGAGGCGCAGAGCCGCCGGGUCCUGAGCGAGGCAGCGGUGGACGUCUAUGUCAACUACACCCGGACCAGCACAGCUGUGACUGGGGACCGCGGAAGGGUUCUGCUUCACGCUCCGUAUGGAGCCGGGCUCCCUGUGGUGGUUGUGGCCAGUAAACAGGGCUACGUGUGCUCACCUCUGUCUCUGAACAGCAGGAAAAGGCUGAUUUUUUCAUCUGUGACCAUUUCACUGCUUGGUCUGAGUAAAGGCAGCAUCUGGUUCUUUGAGGACUCUGUUCUGAUCACUGGCAGAACAUCUGAUGCUUCAUCUCAGCCUGUCGUCCAGUUUCCAAAGAGGCUGCUGAGCCUGGCAGAUGUCGCUAACGUGACCUCGGUGGAAGCCUUCCUGAGCGUCCCCACCCUCCCAGCAGGUGGUGGCAAGUUUCCCCACAUGUUAGGGGUGGUGAGCCGUGCAUCAGGAAACGUGAGUGUGGACUUGAGGCCUGUUGCUGCCGUCAGCGUGCAGCUGUUUUCAGGACCCACUGAGCUGCAUGUCAGUGGGCCCAUAAGGAUCAGCCUGAGGGUGAGGGACGACUGUGGCCUCCGGCCUGCAGACACUGUUCCGGCGUGGUUCUUUGACCAGAACAUUGGGGCCUGGAUGAGAAAAGGCCUGGGGGCGGUGGCGUGGGUGGACGGACAACUCCUGUGGACGUUCACUGCUCCUCACCUGGGAUACUGGAUUGCAGCACCUCUGCCAUCCACCACAGGUUUCCUCUCUCAUCCCACUGACGACUUUGUGGUUCAAAACUCGUUGUUCCUGAUGCUCCUGAUUGGUGGAAUGCUGCUGGUCAUCUUCUGCCUUCUGGUUGGAUUAGGUCACUGUCAUAGGUCUGUAAGGGUCAGAACAGCUCAGAAGAUCCCACCUGAGACCAGGAAGGAUCAGACCACCUGCACAUGUGAGGAGGAGGCCUGUGAACUGUCAGGGCAGCAGAACGGACCGACCCAGGGCCUCACAGAGCGGAGCCAGCACACGGCCUCUCUGGCUGGCAGUGUCCUGGCCAACGCCGGCGCCGUGGCCGUCAGGCUGGACUGCAGUGAUCAGGAGCUCACUGGUCUGAGUGAUGUGAGCUCAGAGCACAUGGGGGGUGACAACUUGUUUUUCUUCAAUCGGCCUGUUGCUGUUAUUCGCGCUCCGACAUUUUUCCAUCUGGAGGAGCAGCCAGAUCAGUCUUCAAACGAUGCUGACACCGAGUCGAGGAACAAAGACGGCUGCACCCAGACUCUGUUCACCGGCUCGUCUCUGCCUCAGAGCAAGGCAGCAGAACAAGAUCCACAGCUUGGAGUUCUGGAGCGCUGUCAGGCAGCAUCCUCCACCAAGGAAUCCAGGUCUCACUUCAGCCUCCCAGAGUCCAUGUCUGUCCCGGGAACGCUAAACAAGAUCAGGGAGAGCCGGCGCUCAGUCAAUGCCUUGGCGGACCUGUCCAAAGCCCCCUCGGCUCAGGCUCCCCGGGCCUGGUUCGUAUCACUGGAGGGGAAGCCGGCGGCUGAGAUCCAUUACGCUGUGUCAGAACAACAGAGGAGGCACCGGCCCGUGGAAAGUCCAGAAACCAGUUUAGACUCGGGGGUGGACAUGAGCGAACUGAACCAGCCGUCUGGACGGAGACUCGUGACCCUGGAACGUAAAGCCACGUUUGUCAAAAGCUCAGCACCUCCACAGUAACAGCUGGCUGAAGGCUGCCUGACCACGUGCUUGUCUGUCCCAUCAGAUACACACACGUUACAGAGGGUUCGUAGACUGUCAUGUUGAUGGAAGCUCAGCCUGCAGCAGCGUGAACAGUGACACAGUGUCACUAACUAACCAGCGUUUGUACAUUCGCCUGUCAAAGGCCCAGACGUCUCCCCCUCCAGACGCUUCUUCCAGCGAGGACACCGCCUCGCGGCAUGUCCUGGAGGUCCUCUGGUUUCUCUGGGCCUCCAGGACCAGGCGGCAUCGAGUGAUUCUGAGGGUCCAGCCUGUGCCAAACUAGUCUAGUCCUUUAGGUCACGACCUAGAAGGAACAUCCAGUAAAUGGAGCAAUAAGGUGACAGCUUCACCUGUUGGUUCUGCUCUCUCUGUACCACAUGUGUCACUCUCAUGGUCACUUGUGUACAAGAUCACGAGAUGCUUAAACUCUUCCACUUGAGGGCAGAAUGGUUUUCUUUCCCUUUCCCUGUCAAGAACCACAGCCUCAGAGCAUGAAGGUUCACUACUAUCUCAGACCCGGUGGUCCAUGAUCCACAAAUCUUCUGUCCCCUGGCUGGCCAAACAGAAUCUGUUCAGAAAUAUACAGUAAAUGGCAGUCCUGAUUCAAGUCAAAAGCUCUUUGGACCGUAACAGGUGGACUGUCAGUGAAUUGAGUGGUUACUUAAAAACUAGUGUUUGGUUUCUGCUUUGAUUUUACUGUGCACUAUGUUGUUCUCUGGUACAGUAUGAUGGAUGCCACUUUUUAUCUAAUUAAUAGAUUAAUAAAUCAAUUUAAAUAAAUAAUAAACUUAAUUAAUUAAUUAAUAAACAAAUAAUCAGGGAUUUUAGCAGCAUGUAAUAACUAAUGAACAAUGAAUGUAUGUUCAUCCAAAUAUUUACAGUGAAUGAAUGAAUCACCAUUAAAAUAAUAAUUAUAUUUUCCUCCUAUAAUAAUGUACAUUAUUUUUUUUCUCAGGGCUUGUGCCCCCUAACCCAUACACACAUGGCUGUAGCAACAUAAAGGAGACUGAUCCUACAGCUUUUCACACUAAAUAUUGGACUUCAGUGUCUCAAUAAGGUGUCUGUAAGUUUUCAUCCCAUAAAACCCUGUAGAUCCUCA